AUGAGCGGACCGGGCCAGGACAGCGAGCCAGAGGCCAAAGUCCUUCUGAUAAAGCGGCUUUACAGGUGAGUUUGGAGGGAGGCCGUCCGGGGAGGUUAGCUCAGGUGCUAACUGGACGGUGUUGUACAUGCUAGCUGAGCGUUAGACCAGGCAGGCUGUUCAUUUAGAACCCAGAGAGCUGAAUUAGAGAGAAGUGAAACAGAGAGAGGGGUUUACCACACACACAGAUGGGUUUCAUUAUCACUUUAAUAUGAUCGUUUUUAAGAGUUAUAACAUCACCUCAUCCUACAUACAUGUCAUGAAACAAAUAAAACAACUUUUAUGAUUUAUACCAACCAUAAUAUAAAGACCAGGACCAUCUAAUACAGCCAAGUGCAUUCAUUCUAUCACUAAUGGUGCUGUUUAAAGCUGUAGUUAUUAUUGACACGAUCAGACAGGUGAAUAUUAUACAGAAAAUUCAUCAUUAGAGACAGAUGUGGGUGAACUGGAGUCUGUUAUACUGUAGAGACAGACCUUUGAAAGUAGGGGAGAGUGGGCUAAGAUGAGCUAUUUGUCAUAUUUCGGAUCACUACAUCAAAUCAAUCAUAGUUUUGUCUCUAACUCGUGUAUCUGCAUAUAUUUCAAGAUGUUGUUCAUCCCUGCAAACCAACAGAAUGAGUGUAAACAUAACUGUAAUCUUGAUAAUAUAGCAUGACAAUAAAAGUGGUCUCCUAUGGUCAGUAGGGUGGGGGUAAGUUGACCAUAGGUAUGGGGUAAGAUGAGCCGUAUCCCUUCUCCACCCCAGCCCUCCCUCACCUUUCUCUCCCUUAAUAACAGUCACUUCUUCACAUUCAUGUGUAUUUUUAUCUAUUACACACUAUUCAACUGGAACAAUAAUUCUUUUUUAUUAUUAUUGAAUAUAUCUGCUAAAAAGCUGUUUUUAAAAAGUCAUUUUAACAUGAGAAUGUCUUUAAGUGAUUCAGAACAUUCACAGAUCUGUAUUUAUGAAAAGAUCAUAAACUCUGCUCCUCUCAUCAGACUCCUUUACUUUCUGAGUUACCCCUGAACUACUAUCAUGACUUUAUUAGUCCUCUAAGAUAAAAUGGUGGACUUUAAUGCUAGGUUUUUGACCUCAUGUUGUAGCUCAUAUAAACCACAAUUGAUGUAUAAAACAAAUUUAAAAUGAUCUUUUUUGGUCUAAGUAACUCCAUUAUUUCAUGCACAGAACUAUAAAUGAGCGUACACCCGUAUUUAUAUGCCUAUAGAGAUGGGUAUUUCAAGCUUCACUGGGAACUAAUUCCUCCAUGUCCACAUCAGUCAUAGAGGUUUGAGACAAACCUGUAACUGAGGAUGUUCUAGUCAGACGGAUGUGCGUCUACGAUCUGGAUCUGGAUGAGCUCGUUUUACCUGAAAAGAAGUUUCACACUAAUCUCUUCGACUUCUCUGGAACUCUCUGCAAUUUUAUCGAUAUCUGAAUCUUUGACACCACACCUAUUUCCCCAGAGACUGGCACUCUUAUUGUUUUUUUUUUAAUUGCUUUAGGUGUGGGUCUAACAUUUAUACUGGAGUGUAAUUAAGAGCUAAAAUUACAUAGAUAGAUAAAGGUCACACGAGCGAGUUAUUCAUUAAAUGCUUAAAUAUGCGAAAAUCAGGACCCUCCACUGAUGUCUGCAUACCUGAAUGAGUUUUCACAGAGUUAAAAUUUUUUGUAGUUUAUUGUAUCACUACAAGAAAAAGUGGAUUCAAAUUUAUCCUGGUUUUCUCUGCAGCAGUUUGAUCUGUAAACAGGAAUUUUUCUCAGGGGCCGAUUUAGAUUUUCUCCCUGAGAGAAAGUCAGAGCUGAAUAAAAGAAAGAAAGAUUGUUGAGGAACUGGGAGUUUCAGAAAAACUUCAGGACUCUCUGUUUACAUGUAGCAUCAACAUUAGAUUUAGAAAGUGGUAACUACAGCUGGAAACACACAUGUGUGCAUGUUGAGACCCACUCAGUCCACAUACUGAAAAAUAUUGAUGCAAAAUGUCUCAUCAAUUAGGACCAUAUUUCAAUGUUUCAUAUUAGACUUUUGUGUCUAAACUUAGUUCUGUUAUUUAAUGUGUGUUUAUGAGGCUCGGUGUAACAGGAAACAUCCUGCGUAACAUAAAACCCUGAAGAUAAACAGUUUUGGACUCUUGUGUUCACGUUGUCAUUAUACUAAUGCUGCCUGUCUGUCUGCUAAUGCUUCUCAGAGCUGUGGUGGAGUCUGUGCACAAGCUGGAUGUCAUCAUCGGCAGCAAAUCAUCUUACAGAGAGGUCUUCAAGCCGGAGAACAUCAGCCUUCGCAACAAGUACGUCCACCUGCCUGAGGCACUGUGUGUGUGUGUGUGAGUGUGUGAGAAAGAGGAGCAUGACAUAGCAUCAGCUGUAGCUCUAAGACUUUAGAUGCACAAACAUGAAUAAAUGUAGAAACCUGGUCUCAGACUUCUGGUCUAUGAGAACGACUUCUGCUGCUGUUGUUAUUUUUAAACGUAUAGAAUAAACCGACAGUUCAGAAAAGAGGAAGUUUUGGAGAGAGGUUGACUGUAUGUCAUGUCAGACGAGGUGAUGAUAUCUCAGCCCGCUCAGAGACGGUUAUAGGUGGUUUGUCUACCAACAGUUUUUAUUCUUUGUUAUCUGGACUAUGUAUUUACUUCAAAGCCACAAAAUCAUAAAAAGUGUUGCUGCUGUUUUCCCUCUUAUUUUGUCAGGUGCAUUUACCUGCAGCGUGUUUCUUCAGUAUGACAAAGUUAAGGUUAAAAGCUGUAGUUAAAGAUUUGCUUUGAUGCAAACGGGAUAAUCACACUUCUUAGUACAAAAUGAGGGUCGUGUUAUCCUCGAGCUUUAAGAAAGAGAAGAGCAGUGGUGAGUGUCUUCGAAGAGGAGACGGUGAGAAGGACUGCGUGUACUCGCCCAUCAGUGUUAACAUUAUCUCGCCUUUGGACACACACACACACACACACACACACACACACACACACACACACACACACACACACACACACACACGCACAGAGUGAGGACUGAGAUUUCACAACAUUACAGUGAACGUCUCUGAUGACUGAAUCAUUUCACACAGCCCAUGUGAGUCACAGGAGGACAGAAGACUCUUGUAUUUGUGUUUGACCCGUUCUACCAGAAUCCUCUGAUGUUUCUGAUCCAGUGAAGGAGACCUCACUUUUAAAUAUUGUCUGUUUUCAUGGUUGACGCCUGAACCUCCGUUUGACUCCCUCAUGUGUGUUUCUGUCUUCAGGCUGAGGGAGCUCUGUGUGAAGCUGAUGUUCCUCCACCCUGUUGACUACGGCCGUAAGGCUGAGGAGCUGCUCUGGAGGAAGGUCUACUAUGAGGUCAUCCAGGUUAUCAAGACCAACAAGAAGGUAGACGGCUCUGCUGAGACUGUGGAGGAAAAGAAAGUCACUCUUACAUUUGUCGGCUCUCUACUUUGUCGGCUGGUUUGACAUCCUGGCUUUGACAAAGGUCAAUUGUACUUUGACAUUUUCCACCCUGUGAUCAGCGGCUCGUAUCGGUCCUGGUAGAGUACCGGAGUGUUCAUAUGUUAUACAUGGGUGGUCCCAGAGGAGGUCAGACCCAUGAAAAUGUCACUUAGUUCUGCUGCUGGACCAACAAGAGGGAAACUUUCAAAGUUCAAACUUUUACCCUGAUGUGAUCGAAACGCUUUUGAGCUUAAAAAUGACAUUUAUUUUUUGUUGAUUUUCACUUUUUUGAAGCAUAAUUACAUCAAAACAGAACAGAGGAUUCCUGUGACAGUGUCCCGUUUUCUGCAUGCCUGUUCUUAGUGAGAGAAAUGAACACGCCCACACGAUCAGGUGUCAGUCAGACGCUUAGACGCCACAGUUACAUGCCGGCUUAACUCAUCAGAAAAUCUGUCUGUAUGUCUUAUAAAAACAUCCCUGCUUUCAUUAGUAGCAGCUGUUAUGUAUUGCAGGGCUUCACUUCAGCACCUUUAGUCUGUAACGUGCUUUAAAUUUAGACUUUUUUUGUGUUAUAAAUGCAGUGCAGCCUUUUCCUUUAUUGUCAUGCCUCCUAAAAACGUCAGACUGUUUUCAGAUGAGAAGAAAAACUCUUUAAAGAAAGUUUUUAGCCUCUUGUUUUCCAGAUAUGUUGUGUUUCCUUCUUGUCUGAAGGAGCAAAAGUAAAAAUAUUUAAAGCUUGAAUGCUUACAUUAUCUACUACAAAUAAAAAUACUGACUGUUUAGUCCGAAAGAGUAUCUGAAUCACCGUCUGCCUGAAUCUAUGUCAGUGAAACACUCUCAACCAGACUCUGGUGUAAGGCAGCCGCGAUUAUUACAAUAUUCACCAACUGCGAUUAUUUCUCAUAUUCGUGAUCACCGUCAAUUAUUUAUUUUAUCUACAAGGUUGCGCAAAUAAUCUUUGAGUCCAACGUCAUCAUGUUGUACCAGCAGCCGUAGCACGCCCCAUCUCCAUCGUAGCCACACGUUGUUUAGCUCUCGUCUUGGUCGGAUGGGCAGCGACUCAAGGUUAAGAUGGAGGAUGAGGAGGUUCUGGAUCCAAAUCCACAUACUAGAGCACUGCUGUGGGUGCAUUUCAGAUUUAAACCGAACGAUAAGGGAGAGCCUGGUAACGUGGAGGAAGCGAUAUGUAAACUUUGCCAUAAAAAAAGUGUCGGUCAAGAGCGCUAACACAACAAAUCUGAAACAACAUCUCCACACCCACCAUCCACAGCAAUGUGCUGAACUCAGGAAGACCACACCAGCACAAUCAGCAGCCGGUCCAACAGCAGCUGGUUUAUCCCGUCAACUGGCUCUUGGGGAAUCUAUUAUUUAAUAAAAUAUACAAUAUAUUCAUCAAUUGCAAUUAUUUGUCUGACAAAUAAUCGACUCCAGAAAUUCCUAAUCAUGACAGCCCUACUCUGAUAUAUCUUAAAUAUUUGACAAUAUCUGAUAUUUGUUAAAAACAGUCAUGAUUAUGUUUUUUUUUGCCAUAAUUCACAGCAGUGAGUCUUUUCUUAUAUCUUCUUAGCUCACCUCCAUCCCCUCUCCCUCCUCUCACUCUGCAGCACAUCCACAGUCGCAGCGCUCUGGAGUGUGCCUACCGAACACACCUGAUAGCCGGGGUUGGUUUCUACCAACACCUGCUGCUCUACAUCCAGUCGCACUACCAGCUGGAGCUGCAGGACUGCAUCGACUGGACCCAUGUCACAGACCCUCUGAUCGGUGAGCGGAAGAAAAACUCACACAGACAAAGACGUGAAAUCAUAUCAUUUAAAAUCCUGAUUAUUUUUGACUGAAGAAAAAAAGUCCCACCUCUAUUUGGGAAUUUCCCCUCGUGGGACUAAUAAAGGAGUAUCUUAUCUAUUUGAAUGAACUGUUUGAGGACAUUUACACAGUUUUAAUAAACUCUUCUCAGAGGAGAACUCGACCUUAUUUCACCGACCGUAGCUGACCUUUGAAAGCAUAUCUUGUGAACUGAGUAUUAAUCCUGUUACACAAGUUAUUCUGAAGGUUUCCAAACUCUGUAGGUCAAUAAUAAAAGUUCACCGGCAGUCAGACUGACCUCGUUCACAGCUGCUGUUCAACAGUUUUAGCCCAGCAGGUGUUAAAAUGUCUAUUGUCUGAAUACAGCUCAGGUCUGGUUUCAGGGUUUCUGUGGACCACGUAGAUCCGACAGAUAGGUGGAGACAUGCCAAGUCAGAGUAUUGUCAGCAGAGACAAACUGACAGGUGCAAGGUCUUAUCCUCAGCCUGGAUUUGGUUUGACUCUGGCUCACAUUUUGACCCUAAACCUGGUUUAGUUUGGAGGAGGGAUCCUGGUUCACUUUGGACAGAGUCAGAAAAUCAGCCUCAAAAUGUUCUCAGUGUUUCUGUUUCUCUGCUGGGAUUUAAACCUGUUCACCUGUUGGGUAAUUCUGAGACGUUUUGGGUCAAGUACAUGAGCUAAAUACUCAAACUGAGGAGGGCGUUGUGUAAUUGUUCCCCACAGGGCGAAAGAAACCGGUGUCAGCCACCCCGAAGGAGAUGGAGUGGGCACAGAUGGCCUGUCAUCGCUGUCUGGUCUACCUCGGAGAUCUGGGUAACAACAUAAUAAUAGAUUCAACAGUGAUCUCAGACAGCAUGUGUGUAAUUACACGUGGGAAAUUUUGGCCUGUAUAUACGGCAUAUUAGGAACACAUGCUUUCAGAUCGGUUUGGAGAUAUUUUAACGAAGGCUCGUUUUAAAACUUGGACUUUUUUGUGUUUCCUCUGCAGCUCGUUAUCAAAACGAACUCGCAGGAGUGGAGGCGGAGCAGCUGGCAGAACGGUUUUACCAUCAAGCCCUGUCUGUCAUGCCACACGUAGGUGAGUGUCAUCGAAAAGAAAACGAGAUACCGGACUUUUGGUUCGUUCCAUUUACCUCAGAAGUCGGAGCUGGGAAUGACGUCACUACCGAGUUUUUACCAUUUUAGUUACAAAGUCGGAAAAAAGUCGCCAACGGCCAAAAACAGCGACUGAAACUACCAGGCUACGGUGAGCUGUUGUUAGCACAGCCAGCUUUGUAGUUCCAUAUACACAUGAAAAAUGUAAAUUACACGAUGACAGCAUUUCCAUAUAUAUACAUUUAACAAUACUGUUGUAUACGGCUGACUUACUGUGACGACAAAUAGUAAAAAGUUUUAAUAAAAACAUCAUUACAGGAGCUAAAUGUCAAUGAAGGGGUUGUGUGGAUCGUCCGACCUCGGGGGUCGUUCCAGUUCAAGUUCCGACUCAGAGCUCAGAAAUCCUGACUUCUGAGUACAACUGGAAUGCACCGUUUAUCGUCAGAAUCAUGGUAUCACAAGGAGAAAAGUGGAAACAGGAAUCGUCCUGUAUGUGCCCGUCCUUCCUGCUGUCAGAGAUGAAGAGUUAGCGGUGAAAGGGAACAGAGAGAGGAUUUAGACGUGACACAUGGAAGCAUGAAAACAUGAAACUAAUAUGAGAAAUGAUUCGGCAAAAACAGCCUCUAAAAACUCUGGAGGAAGUAUCUACAGCCUCACUUCUCCAUUAGAGUAUGAAAGCUGAUCACAUUAUAAGAUAUAUCACUAAAUAUACGAGCAAAGACCUUGAAAUUCCUCCAAUCAGAGAGCUCCUGUACUUUUUUGCAAAGCAUUUUUGUUAGACCCCGAUUCAUGCAGUAAAUACCCAUCCAGUCCCCUUGAAAAUGUCACAUCUGUUCAUGAUUUCUGCGCCCUUUUUCACGCCUGAGAGUUAUUUCAAUAAUGUGAGGAUUUGUGUCGUGAUGAGUUGAGGUGACGGGGUCAGAAGGAGGUUUUUGAAACAGCAGGAAAAAGCAGUUUGGUCAGAAUACCUCGAGUUGACUUAGAAAUGCGGCCGUACCCGUGUGUAUAUUGAGGCUGACAUCCUUCAUGUCUUCCCUGUAAUAAUGUUUGUUUUUAUUGUUUUUGUGACAUGACAUGUUGGUGUUGAUGUUCGAUUUGUUAACAACACUUUAAUUGAUUUAUUUGGAGCUGAAGCUGAAAUCCGUUUUACAAAAGCUCUUCUGGAGUUCUUUUGUCGUCUCAGAUUUUGGCUCCUGGCGGGACAACUUCUUGGCUCGCAUGAACGCGACUUUUCAAACGAAGCAGGAAAAAAAACUGGCUGAUAAUCCUCGCUCCGUAUUUAGCAGCUCCAAAAAUGAAAGCUGGUUUGUUGUUGUUGAUCCGUUUCCUCGCUGAUCUGUCCUCAGGAAUGCCUUUUAACCAACUGGGAACGCUGGCGGGGAGCAAGUUCUACAACGUGGAAGCAACCUACUACUACCUACGCUGGUAAGACCUGCGAGGAUAUUUCAAUGAUCAAACCACGAGUUAAUGAGCGCACAGUUUUCACAAGGGUUUUAAUCUGCUCCAGUAUCCAAUCAGACGCCCCCUUCGAGGGCGCCUACGGCAACCUGAAGCGCCUGUUCGACAAAGCUGCCAAGAUGUACCACCAAGUGAAAAAGCAGGAAAUGAAGAAGUUGUCUCCGUCUCGACAAAGGUGAGGUGGACUGAGGAGGGUCGGAUUUUUAACCCCACUUUGAGUUCAUGUGUAGUUGGUAAACAAACGCGGCACGAUCCUUCGAGUUUGAUUUAAUUUUCAGGACUAACACAAAUCCUUCUGUUGUCGCCCUCGAUCACAAACCCUCUGGACAUCAGAUCCAGAUCUACAAUCACACAAUUACCAACGUGCGUUUCCUUCCUGUAAGUCUCAGAGGGAGUCUGAGCGGCGGCGGUGGGGUUAAGCAGCAUCUCUGCAGACGGGAACAGAUAAUUGAUGAUCCCUGCGAGGGAAAACGGAUUAUUGCAGCUGGUCAAGUUCUGAGAAUUAGAGAGGAAACAAAGAAAGGGAAAGCUCACCAACCUUUAAAAUAUAUAGAUCCUGUCCUGUAGGAGAAAAAACACCUGAAGAUAAUUCAGAUCAGUGUUUUAACCUGCAACUUCUGCUCCUCUGAUGUCUGCAGGUCAAAACUUCUCAGGCUGGUCCAGACAAACUUAAUGUCACUGAUGUGUUUCCACGAUAUCUGCCGUGAACCGUUUUACUGUACGAGACAUCAGCUCUCCUCCUAAGAUAACGAGGAUUCACUGUGAUUACUCUGCAGGUCACAACAUGCCAGAAAACUUAGAGUUCAGGGUUAAUAAUGCAAAUCAGACUGAAAACAUCCAGAGAUGAUAUUUGGAAACGAAGAUACUCGCACAGUUCUUUAUUAGCUGUAUUGAUUAUGUAAUAACUCAGGUACUGGUCGUGUUUCUUGUCCAUUAUGGCAUCUAAAAGAAGUUUUGCAUGUCAAGGUGUAUUUAAUUUAAGAUUAUAGGAUAUAUUCACUAUCAUGAAGCUCCUCUGAGCAAAGUGCAAGUAUAAGAUGAACCGAUUCCCGACCAAAUCUGUGCUUGUGUUUGAUGUUUCCGUCUGAAGCAGCGUUGUCAUAUGUUUUUUUAAUAGUUCGUUUGCAGUAAAUAUCAUGUGCAUCAAUCAUGUAACCUGAAUGAAUAGAAACGUAUGUGAAAAUAUUGUUGAUAUAAGCUCAGCACAUUUAUAACCUAAAAUCUGGAUCUGGGUUAACUCCAUUAUUUAUGAUUUUUGUUCUUACUUCCUGUCUGCAGAUCAAAAGACAUCAAGCGUCUCCUGGUGAGCUUCAUGUACCUUCAGAGUCUGCUGCAGCCCAAGAACAGGUAAACACACACGGAGGCUUUUGAACCCGGGACAAUAAAGACGUUUGUCUUCAUCAUAUUUUUUAAUCUUUGACUUUUUAUGGGCGUGUUUACUCUGGAUCUCUUACCUGCAGCAGCGAUAUCUCAGUUAAAUAUUGAAUUAAGUGAAGAGUGAACAAAGGUUAAUGUGUUCCUGCUGUAAAACGGUGAAAUUACCUUUUAAAUGUGGCUCAGGUGUAAAAGGUAAAUACAAAUGAACCCGCUCACCCUGCCUCCUCCCUCUCAUUUCUCACAUCCUUGUAAACUCUCUUUUCUCUCUGUAGUUUAAUGGAGACGGAGCUGACCUCCCUCUGUCAGUCGGUGCUCGAGGACUUCAACCUGGUGCUUUUCUACCUGCCGCCGCCGACACACGGCGGCGCUCACCACUCCCCCAGCGAGGAAGAGGAAGAGCCGCAGCACAGCGACAGCUCCUGCCCCGUGCUGCCCGACACGCUCAUCUUCAAGAUGGUGGUCACGUGUCUGAUGGUGGUGCACAGUCUGAAGAGAGGAGGUCAGUAUGAACAUGAACAAACAUACAUUUUUAUCGUCCUCGAGUCGAGAUUCAAUCAGGAGUGAAAUUAUGAGUAAAUAAGAAGAACAUGAGUCAGACUUUUACUGUAUUUCUGUUCUGCUGUGAACUCGCCAAAUUAUCUGGACUCAAAAAUCCUCUAAAGUUGUCUCAUGUUUGUCACCAAGAAUAAAACAACUUUAUAGAAAUUCAUCCAGGCUAUAAAGGUGAAAACUAUGAUGGAAUAUUAGGGUCACAUUAAGAAAAAAAAUAAUUAAAAAUUCUGGAUUAAUGUCUUUAAAUUAUGAGAAUAAAGUUGUUUUAAAAUCAUCAUAAUACUAUGAUAAUGUGGAGCUGAUGUGCCAAAAGAUGAAGUAUCUCCUUGUUUGAGAAACUUAUAUUAAUUUACAUUUUCAUGAAAUGCUCCAUGGCUCUGAUUUUAACAACUCUCAUCUUAAAUAACAGGUUAGAAUAGAAGGACUUUUUUAAAUUUCGACUUCAAUCUCAAAAUGGAAAUGGAAAAAAAGUCUCCCCCCUGUAAUUAUUUUUAUUUUAUUAUUAUUUAUUAAUAAAUUUAUAUCGGGGUUUAAAAUCAUGUUGACUUUUUUCAAGAACGAGCCAUGCAGAAUUUUUGAGAGCAGUGUCAAUAAUGACAAAUAAAAAAAAGGUUUUUCUUAAAAUGAUUUGAUGCUUACAGGUUAGUCUGUCUUACAUGAUGUCAACUUUGUCUGAAAAUUACAGCUUUCUCAGCUAUUUUUAAAGAUACGUUUAUUGUUUUUAUAUUUUGCUAAAAAAAUCGUUCUUUUUCCAACAUAAAUCCAUUUCACGUUAAGUUAAAGAUUCACGCUCUUACUCCGCCUUUGUUGAAUACACGUAUUCAGUAGGAGGCUGAAACUAUAGGCUGACUUUUCAGACACAAACAUCUUAAAGAUAAAGUGUUCAGACUCUGUUGUCACUCUCUCACUUCUUUCUGUUUGUCUGUCUCACUUCACUUUUACUGCCGUCUAUCAGAGAGAGCAAAAAGUGGACGAAGUAAAGUGCAGUAAACCUCCAGAUUCAGGAGUCCUCGAUUCUUUGGACUCUUGGACUUGAUCCACAGAUGCUCGGAUGAAUUUAACAGAUAUCAACAAAAACAUGUAGUUAGUGUGACCUCUCAGAGCUGAGAAAGAAACUUGUUUGUCGUGUCUGAGGACAAAUGAAAGAGGAUCUCCUGUCUUUAGCUCUUCUGUACUUUCAUUUCCUUUUAAAGAUUGUCCAACCUCAGAGUUGGUACUGAUAUAUUUCAAGCACACCAAUCAAAUAUUGACCUAAAUGUAUAUUUUGGAACAAUAUAAGGUUUUUCUGCUUCAUUCAAUCAUCCCAUUAUGCCCUUAUGUCUGCAUGUAUUAAGUAAAAAAAUUAAAGGCUUUCAGUUUCAUUCAAACUUUAGAGAAAAUUAAAAACGUCUCACUGAUCUCGUGUUUCCAGGAUCAAAGCAGUACAGCGCAUCCAUCGCUUUCACUCUGGCGCUCUUCUCCCACCUGGUGAAUCACGUCAACAUCCGGCUGCAGGCUGAACUGGAGGAAGCGGAGAGCCAGGUGCCUCCGCUUCACACCGACGCUGCAGGUAAGAGAGGACAACCCCUCGUCUUCAUGUACUGAAUCUUUUAAAAGAGAGAAUCCUCACCGGUCAGCACAAAACUGCAAAUUUCCCAGCCAGUAUCUGACGCACGGAUCAAUGCAGCGAUCCUGUAUCAUCCUCGUCAGCAACAUCCUUUCAGAUCAAAGCGGAGAGUUUUCUUUGUGGUUUAGGAAUAAAAGUCUAUUGGGAGAAACUGCAGCUUUUUAAAUCCACAUCAAUUUAAAGUUUUGUUGACAGACGUGAUUUGAAUUAAUGUUUGUUCAAAAAGUGGAAAUAUUCACCAUGCUGACUUAUUCUUCUAGAUGACUUGGAGACGAGGGAUUUGACGGCUCCAUCAACAGAUCGCUCCGAGGACAAACCUCUGCAGAACGGCUCCCUGGAGCAAGAGGACGACGAAGAGGAGAAGGAUGAAGACGGCUGCGAACGGGUCGGUGUUAAAAAGCACAGCAGCGUGGAAGAACAACGCAAGAUAGAGGAAGACAAACAGAGACAGAAGAAGAAGUACACCCGCCUGUCCAGACUGCGCCGACGCCGCUGCGCACGCAAGGACACUCAAGGAGAGGACGAGAGCGACCUGAGUGAAGGCUUCGAGAGCGAGGAGGAUGAGGAUGAAGAUGAGGAGAGGAGGGGUCACGCCGAAUCAACAGGCGGAAACACCGCCGGACUCCCGCCCAAUCCUCCAUCAGUCAGGAAGCAGACCAAACGAGACAUCCUGGGCGAGGAGGGCAGCUGGGGGAGCGGCUCAGAGGAAGAGGAGGAGGAGGAAGGAGGAACGGCGUUCGACGUGGAGACAGACUCGGACAUGAACAGCCAGGAGUCCCGAUCGGACCUGGAAGACAUGGAGGACGCGGAAAACUCCGACAACACGGAGGGUCAGGCGCGGGAGCAUCAGGAGGAAGAGGAUGAAGACGACCAACACAAGGAGGAAGGAGGGGACAGGGACGGGGACACGCCUCCCGCCACGAACGGGCCGCUCAUGCCCAACGACGCCAGCAUCAGCAGUAACCUGCAGGCCAUGUCCUCGCAGCUCUUCCAGGCGAAGCGCUGUUUCCGCCUCGCUCCCACCUUCAGCAACAUGUUACUGAGGCCUCAAGCUUCAUCGUCCUCGGGGAUCCCCACCCCGACGGACUCCUCUGCCCCGCCCUCACAAGAGACCCCUCCUCCUCCUGGGGAGUCCCCCUGCGACCUGAACCCUGGUACUGCUAAUGGAACCAACGAAAACGGUAACCAUCACACUUUUCUCUAAAAUCCUCGUCUGUAGUCUGAGUGUCUGUCAUCCUGUCAGGGCUCGACCGUUUCACCUGCAUUUAUGACUAAAAAUAGACGUGUGCGAAUCAUAAAAUGUAUUUAGGGGUUCAUGUCGUUCCCCUAAAUACACUGGUCGUUCCAAAGUCGAGGCUCAAAACUAAAGGAGAUCGAUCUUUCUCCAUCAGAGCUCCUCGACUUUGGAAUGACCUGCCAGAGGAGAUAAGGCGUACAGCAGAGACAGUCGCUUCUUUUAAGUCAAAUUUAAAAACUUAAUUUUACAGACUUGAUUUUACGUGACGCUGUCUUUUAUCUUUUAUCUGUCAUCUCUUAUCUCUUGUAUCUUAUGUCGGCUUUACUGUCUUUUUAGCUUUUGUUAAACUUGUUCUCUCUUCUUAAUGAACCAUUUAGGCCUUUUAUUGUUUUAUCUCUUCCUCGUUUCUGUUGCUCUAUUUUAUGAUUACUAUCAUUAUCAGUAUGACCUGUUAUUAUUUUAUUAUCAUUGUUGAUAUUGCCUUUUAUAUUUACUGUCCUGUUCCCGCUUUCGGUCCUCAUGGUCUCAUUUUUUGUUGCAUGGUUCUUGUAUCGUCUGGGUUCUUUAUGACAUGAAAAUGACCUUCAGUUCCGUUUUUACUGAGCUUUUUGUUUUUAUCUGUAUUUUUCCAUGUGCUCUAUGACUACAUGUCAAAGCACUUUGUAAACAUUUGUUUUUUAAAAGUGUUAAAUGAAGUUAUUAUUAUUAUUAUUAUUAUUAUUUGCACAUAAAGAAAAACAGCCGAGGCAACAAAUGCGUUUUCAUGUAAAUACAGCGCUGAAGUUAGUUUUAGGUCAGAUAAAAUCACAUCUCAAGUGUUUGUUGGUAUUGAUAUCUGUGUGCGUAGUCGACCCGAGAGUGCGGUUACGUCAGGCAUCAUGGAGUGGAACCACACAGUUUUUUGACCUUGCUCGUUCGCUCACUCACUCUCCUUUUAUUCUGCAUGUUGCGCACUUAUAUGUUUAUGUAGUCAUGCUGGACGAGUUUAUCGUUUUGUUUUUAGUUUUGGGAAUAAACCCAAAAAAACGAACGAGAGGAUCCUGUGGAGUUCUUUUUAGCUUGUUAAGGGAUGAUGAAGGAUGAGAGCGUCAAUCUCAUGGAUUCAUUGUUUAGGAACCUACAGGACUUAAGUCGACCAAUAAAACAAACAUUAUUUGAUCGUGACCCUAAAUUCUUUGUGUACUCCUUACUUUUUUAACUUAGGAGCAACAUGAAUUCUCUAAAAAGAAAGUGUCAAGCCUUUCCUGUUUACAUGUAGACCUGCACAGACCCCGGAUCAGGUCCAAGUACGAGUGCAUGCUGCAGUAAAGACCAUGUGUUUGUAUGGAAUCUGUGAUUUAUGACUGAAGGAUCAUGGGUAAAUGUAUACAAUACUAAACACAAGCUUGUGUUUCCUUAAAAGGAAAUCUGAACCUAAAGUAUCAGCAGCUGUUUGGAGUCGACUCCCUGAGAGCCUCGUGAGCCCGGCAGAGUGAAAAACCAGAACUCAGAGCUUUUGAUCAGCUGAUCUUUGUUUAUUCAGAUGUGAAAUGAAAGUGUCUCCGUGUUCAAACCAGUCCUCUUUGUUUCUCUUUAGACCUGGACUCUGACUCUGAAGGCAGCCAACACAGCGCUCAGUCCGAACACAGUGAGAAAACCCUGCUAGAGAAGCUGGAGAUCCUGACCAAUCAGGGCUUGAUCCAGGUGGUGAAGGUCUUUAUUGAUUGGCUGAGGACAAACACAGACAUCAUUCUCAUGUGUGCACAGGUGAGGUGAACCGAACCAUCAGGCUUUAGCGCUGACACUGUCGAUCUUCUCAAGGGUUUGAUAAUAACUCAGAGUUUCUCUUCUCUGCAGAGCUCUCAGAGUCUGUGGAACCGUCUGUCUGUGCUGCUCAACCUGCUUCCAGAUGGCAGCAAGAUGCUGGAGGCUGGUGAGUUCCUGGCCGACUGCAGCGCAGAGAUAUUUAUACUCAUGUGAAGCAGAAUGGCACAGCAGUUUUUUCUUCUGAUCGGUGAAGAAAAACUCGAACCACUUUGAAGUGAUCAGAAAGAUGAACCCUCUUUCUCUCUUUGUGCUUCUUUAACAUGACUGUAUGUUUAAUUUCAUCUUCAUUUAAUCAGGAGUCUGAGUGUUUCUGUUACUAAAGUGUCCAGGAAAAUUACACAGUCCAGCUUUAAAAGAAAGAAGAAGAAGAAAGAAAAGGAAAACAUGCACACUCUGACGUUUACUGAAUCUGUCGCCUCUGAAACACAGAAAUUCCAGCCAUCACUUUACCUUUGUACGCACACAAAUUGGCGUGACAUCGGUGCUCUGGUGCGUUACAUUUGGCCAGUUCUCAAACUGAUAUUUAGGAUUUUGCUGAUUAUCAAUAUCAGCGUUUUUAUUUCACAGAUGGACGAUAAAUUCAUGAUUUAAAAAGUGUGCGACUUUGGCUGAACUGUGGUUUCUCUCCCCGCUCCGACUCUGCUCUGAGUUUCCAACCCGUCAACAUUUUUUUUUUUUGUGAUCAACUUUUAAUUUUGUUUUAUUUCCACUUAUCCACACCUGUUGCCCCCACCCUCAUCCCAGGGGAAACAUUGAAUUUGGACGAUUACAGGGAAGAAAAAAAAAAAUUUGAUUAAAUAAACAGCAGCAUCAAUAGUACAAAGUAAACAUAUUCAUGAGAUAAAUGGGUAAAAUACAAAAUAAAAGGAUAAAAAAAAAGCCAGCUCAUUAACAUGCACAUGUGUUUGUCCUCUGCAGACCUGGGCCUGAACUCUGAGGUGACAGAGCUCAUAAACGAGUGCGAGCAGCCCGGUCUGGUCCAGACUCUGCUGCUGCCUGAAGACCUGGCCCUGAGACACCUGCCUGCUCUGCAUGUUGCUCACCGCCGCCUGGAUUUCAGCCGCCGCAACUCCUCCCUCAGCCCCUUACAGGAGGUACUCACUCACACCUAUAACACACACACACACACGCUCACACAGUCAUGCAGAAGUUCUUAAACUCAUAAUCGACCUCAGCGGGUUUACAGAGCAGACUGGAGGUUCACUGAUCCCACUAUGAGGAAAACCUGAAAGCAGAUUUGAAACUCACCUCAUUAUUCUGCUUUUGGGUUAAUCUUUUCUCUCUGAGUUUUGUGAAAGUGAUCCAAAUACACAAACAAGUACUGUUAUGGAUUCAAGAACCUGUUCAUGCUGUUUUCCCCAUUUAAUAGAUUAAAAAAUUAUUACAUAACUGUAAUUAACGAGCAAUCAACAGAUGGAAAGAGGAUGAAAAUAUUCCACUUGAGUAACUUUGAAAUUUUACACGCAGGAGUAAGAUUCAGAUUGUUUUAACUGAUGGUAUAAAUCAGUAACAUCAUUUAUGCUCUGCACACACCCCCGCUGAGAUUAUCGAGUAUUUUUACAGCAUCUUUUCUCACUUCCUAAACGGUCCCUUCACACUCAGGUCAUGACUAUAUGUGCAGAGAAAAAAGUAUAUUGGCUGUGUCCGAAAUGAAUCACUCAAUCCCUAACCCCUAUAUGGGGUUUCACUAUAAAGCUGACGAUGUCGUGAACUCAGUCACCGCAGGUUUCCGACACUACAUAGCGCACCGUUGUAUUCUCACUGCUCAGACUUCCGCUUCUGAAGUUGCGGCUGUUGUUUUUACAUCUCUUUAAUUUUAUGACGUUGUAAAGAUGGAUUUGUUUUUCCAGGAUGUUCGUGAAAUAAUAAAAAAUAAAAUAAUAAAAAUAAUGAUAAUAAUGAAAAAAUAAUAAUUUAUUUAAAAGGCCUUGUAUUUUUGUGCAGAAUAUUGUUUGCUGCGUCUUAUCGUGCACAAGACUACCCUAUUUUUCGCACUAUAAGGUGCACUUGGGAGGAGCAGAUCACAUUUAAGUGGCUCCCCUUCCAACAGACGAAAGAGGAGAAAGGUGCAUGAAAAAAAAUAUCCAGGUGUUCAAUCAACACGAUGAGCUGAAAGAUAAUAAAGGUGCAGAAUCUAAAGCGUCGAAUAUUUCCCUCUGUCUCUGUCCUCCAGUGCGUGGUGCGAGUGUGCUGCAUCCGCAGUUUUGGUCACUUCCUGACAAAUCUCCAGGGCAACGUGCUGCACUUCAACCCGGAGGCGGGCAUCUUCACCAGCAUCAGCCAGUCCGAGCAGGACAAUCUGGUGCAGCAGGCCAAGGCCCAGUUCCGAAUGGUGAGUGGCAUCCGAACAAUAACCGAGCAGGACCACAGGUGGUCUGGAUCCAGCUGAGACUCAUUCAUGAAACCCCUGUGCUGUUUAGAAAGAGGAGGUGGUGAUGUUGUGUAACUGCUGACCCAAAAGAAUGUGCAGAAGAGAAGAACAUGUGAUUAAUGAGCUGGAAUUAAAACUGUAUUUUCAUGUUGAUCUCCAGGCUGAAGAAGAGGCUCGUCGAAACCGUUUAAUGAGGGACAUGGCUCAGCUGCGGCUCCAGGUUUUUAAUAUUUUUCCUCUCAGUGGGGUUGGACGGGUUUUAAAAAGUAAAAUUGAUGUUUUUUUCUUACAUUUCUUACAUGGAAAGUGGCUGAAAUUAUAAAUACAUAUAUAUUAUAGCUAUUUAUUCUACUGUUUGAGGAAUAAUGUUUGAAUUUACACCUAAAACUGAACUAAAAAUUCUAUUAAACUUUCUGAUUUUUGUGCUAAAGCUGCAGAAACCCUGAAAUAGUCAUCAUUUAAACGUCUCUUCCCUGCAGUUGGAGGUGUCACAGCUAGAGGGCAGCCUUCAGCAGCCUAAAGCUCAGUCCUCCAUGUCUCCCUACCUGGUUCCAGACACAGCCGCUCUCUGCCAGCAUCUGAACCUCAUCAGACAGUUGGCCGGCAGCGGCUGCUUCAUCAUCAUCAUCCCUCGGACAGGUCGGUGCGCUUUCUGUCUGACUAAGAGAAAUACUGCAGAUGCUGUUCUCAGCCCUGAAGUGGGCAGAGUUUCAGAUUUUGUCUCAUUUUAGGAGCAUUUGUUCAACUUAAAGGAGUCAGUCUGGACUCUUGGAGCUUUUAACGUGUAUUUAUCAAUAUUUAGUUAUUAAUUAGACCAACAAAUAUUAAAACAAAACAGUGAACAGAUUUGUUAGUUUGAACUUCCAGCCCUGAGCUCAUUAGUUUUGAAAUGCCUGACUCAGAUAUGAAGCAAGAAAGUUUAUGAUGUGAAAGAGAAGCCCUGUGGUUUUGACAGAGUAAACGUGGUAAACUUUAGUAUUGGUGCUGCCCUCUACAGGCCGCCGUUAACAGGAGACUCCCUCCAUACUGGUUUCUCCAUAAAGUCACUCAAUCUGGCAGUUUAAGGUCAUUUCCUCGUCAUAUCUUAACCGAGCCUCCUCCCUGAAGUGCAGACAACUAACAGACAAUGAACUCAAUGCUACCCUUAUGUAUGAAUUAAAUAUAAAAGCAGAAUACAGACAGUUUCCUGAAGUACAUUAACUCCAAUAAUGUGUUCUUGUUGUGUGUUUCAGUGAUUGAUGGACUCGACAGGUUAAAAAAGGAGAAUGCUGGUGCGAGAGACGGCAUUCGCUUCCUGGAGUCAGAGUUUCGUAAAGGCAACAGGUGGGAAGUUUUAUCACAGAAGGACUUAUAGCCUCCUAAAGUCCAGGUUUUACUCUCUUAAAGGCUCUUAUUGGAUAAUUUCUUCAUCACUGUCCUCUCUCUGCAGGUACAUUCGCUGCCAGAAGGAGUCAGGUCGCAGUUUUGAAAGAGAUAAACUGAAACGUCAGGACAUCGAAGCCUGGUAACCCUCUCACGACUUCUUCAGUCACCUUGUUUUUCCCUAAAAUACUCGUAUAUUAAGUUUGAGUUGUAUUUGUAUAUCUCCUCUUUUUGAUAUUUUAGGCAUUUGUACAAGAUGGUGGACAGCUGCCGCCAGCUCACAGUCUCCCAAAGCAACGGGGAUGAAGACACAGCCGGUAUGGUGACCAUCCUGACCGGCCAACAAGUAGAGGAGCUUUGCAGUCAGUCUGCAGCGAUGAAGGUCAGACUCUCCUCUUCAUAAAAAACAACAUUUGAAAACAUUUCCUUCACUUGUCUUUCUUUGAUUGGAUUUGGAUUCGCGCAGCGUUGUAACUUCUUUAGCCGGGGAAGUGAGUCAAUCUGCACACUUCACCCUAAAUUUUCAUAAACACCCCGGAGACAUGUUUGGGCCACACAGGCUAACCAUAUAAGCAGUAGAUUGUGUCCUUCCAGAGGAGGAAAUCUACUUCUAGACUUCUAGAAUCAGCAUCUCCUCAUCCAUGGUGUCAUCGGGGUGAAAUGACGUCUAAAAACCUUUCACUUGUUCGUCUCCGCCCGUUUGCAUGGUGUGAAAUACGAUCCUCCUGAAACACGGAGUGUUUUAUUUUGAAAAGAAGCCGGAUGUUUUAUUUUGUGUCUGUGCCCGACUUCCUUUCCAGCACGGGUUAAUCUGUGCUGAAUUUAUCCGCCAUGCUCCGGCGUCCGGAAAAAAUAAAACUCUUGUGAUCAGCUAUGGAGUCCGGCGAUCCGCAGAGGAACGGAAAGAAGCCGGUGAAAAUUGACACGUUAACUUGGAUGGUUACGAUCAGCUAAGAUCGGCAGAUACGGCCUUUUCGUAGCCGCUCUGGAUGCGGUAGAAAUCGGGGGUGACGUGGAGCAUAAAUGAGUUUUUACAGUCUCUUUUGUCUUCUCUCCUGUCAGACGGCGAUCCAGGCGGCGAGCUCGGCGGGCAUGGAGCUGAAAAACAUUGUGGAGUUCUACCGACAGUGGAAGGAAAUCGGCUGA